UUGGGAUGGCAUUGUCAUGCAAAUAGAGGACGCGUAAAAUAUUCCCCCAGAGCGCAGCGCAGGGCAGAGACUCACACGGACCGCGCGGAGGACACAGACCGGGGCCACGGUGGAUUUGUAUCGUUUUCAUCGCCACGGACCCGUCCAUCUGUCACAGAAGCCCUGGCCCCAUGAGCAGCGACGUAUAGCCAGGACGCGUAACCGGGAAACAGAUCGGACCGUUUAAGGAGAACCUGUGGAGGAGGCUGCCCUGUGGAGAUAGUGGUCAUACUUCCAAGUGAAGUCGGAGGUGUCUCUCUUCUCCAUCCCCUGCCAGAGGCUACCUGCUGCUGCUACGGAGAGGGAGCUACGUCUAGGAGACCCCUGGACCGCUUGAGAGCAUUUCAGGAUCUCUCGAAUAUUAACAUUAUUGCACACCACGUGUGUUAUUUCUUCUCUUGUCCUUUUUGGGAUAUAUACAGUACUUCUUUUUUUUUCACCUUUUUUCCCCCCCUCCUCCCGUUGUAGAACUUUAAAGUGCCUUAUUAACUGGCUGUAAUCCAGUGUAACUGUGGCAUUGUCACCAGAGCAGAGGCGCUCAACAGGGAGAAGGCGAUCAUUAUCAGCUUUAGAGUCCGGGCAGGAUUACUGGUUCCCCACCCUCCGUCGAGCUGCGACCAUGAGCCAGGCGGAUGUGUCGACUUGCUCCGCGCCGCAGCGGGUUUUCCAGGAGGCGGUGAAGAAGGGCAACACCAAGGAGCUGCACUCGUUGCUGCAGAACAUGACAAACUGUGAGUUCAACGUCAACUCCUUCGGGCCGGAAGGACAGACGGCCCUGCACCAGUCCGUCAUUGACGGCAACCUGGAGCUGGUAAAACUGCUGGUGAAGUUUGGCGCAGACAUCCGGCUGGCCAACAGGGAAGGGUGGAGCGCUUUACACAUCGCCGCCUUCGGGGGCCACCAAGACAUUGUGCUAUACCUCAUCACCAAGGCCAAGUACUCCUCUGGCGCCCGGUGAUCUGUCUCUGCUGUCAGGUAAAAACAAAAAAACAACAACAAGAGAACAACAUAAAAUCAGCAACAACAAGUGGAACAUAAAAGUGCAACACACGGGAAAGCCAGGACAAAACUGCCAUUAUCAACAUAGUUGUGCCAAAAUUCUACCACAGAAAAAAAGGAAAUAACACAGUAAUCUUCCCUCAUUGUAAACCAAACGGGGCCCUCUGUGCACUCUGGAGUGAAGCACCGCAUGGUUCACACACACACACACACACACACACACACACACACACACACACACACACACACACACGCACACACACAUAUGCACGCACGCACACACAGACACACACACAAUGAGAAACGUCAUUUCGGUGAGUUUUGUUGGUACUAAAGAUUUCCUCUUGAAUGUGUAUCCUAGAUCUUGUCGUCCACUAUAAAAGAAGCCAGUGUCUGUGUAUCACAUGUGUGUGUUUGGACUCCAAGAGCGCAGAUGGCCCAGUUUUUUUUUCUUCCUCCUCCUCCUCCUCCUCCUCCUCCUCUCACAUCUCCCCAGCAUACAGUUGAAUGGUCUCUUUGUGGGGGGGGUGGUGGUGGUUGUGGGGGGGUUGCAGCAGCAGAUCUGACCUGUUGCUCCUCAUUGUUCGACCCUUUUCUAAGUUAUUUUAUAUGAAAACACGCACUUGAUGCUGCAUGGCUGCAUGCUGGAAUAUCUGAAAGGGAAGACGCGUGAACGAGAGAAGAAGGGUUGCCCUCUGUUGGCUACCAGAGGUCUGUUUUUCUUUAAUUCAUUCAUCUUUUUAUUUUUUAUUAUUUUAAAAAAAAAAAAAUAUUUUAAACUCAAAGAGCGGCAUUAUGGCUAUCCAACACGCUUUCAGAUGUGUAAUCAUUAUGUAACAGCAAUCGAGCCCGUCGUUGUUGUGAAGUACUGUACACAAUAGCUUUACUUUUGUUUGUUUGUUUGUUUGUUUGGUUUUAUUUUUGUUUGUUUGUUUGACAAGAAGAGUCAGUAGCUGACCGGGGCUCUGCCUGAUCUUGCCAUGCCGGCGUCCAACUCGUGAGAAAAAAAAAAAAAAAAAAAUAGAAAAAAAAAAGGCCGGAGCGACCACUUUUUUGUGCCCAGUGGUGGUCACUGUGUUAUUAUGAAUAAAAGAGAGAAAAAAGAAAA